AUGGAGAGUGCAUCUCAAGAACUCAACUGGAUCAAAAAUGAACUACCAAAGCAACAAUGGCUACAGGCGUGUAAACAAAGAUCUGAGUUGGUACCUUUACAAUAUAUACUAGGAACACAACCUUUUGGACACUUGGAGAUCAAGUGCAGAAAGAACGUACUGAUACCCAGAUGGGAAACUGAAGAAUGGUCGCAUUUAUUGGUGGAAUUGGUGAAGAAUAUCAAAAAUUUAAAAGUGUUGGAUGUGUGUACAGGUACUGGAUGUAUCCCAUUAUUGAUGGCUGAUUUGAUACCUCAUUUCAAUUUUAAAGGGAUAGAUAUUUCUCAAGAUGCUCUAGAUUUAGCACUGGAAAAUAAAUCAAGCCUGGGAAUAAGCAAUGUUGAAUUUGUUAAAGGUGACGUCUUUGAUGGAAACAUCUUGGGUGGUACAAACUUUGAUUUAAUCACUGCAAAUCCCCCAUAUGUCACUGAAAAAUCUUAUUAUUCAAAAGAUACUGAAGAAUCUGUUAGAAUAUAUGAACCAAAAUUAGCAUUAAUUGGCGAUACUGAAUUUUAUACAGCUUUAAUAGAAAAUGUUGUUAAACCGUCGGGUGCAGAUGGAUUUAUUUUUGAACUUGCAGAGGAAAAUCAAGUACAAACAACUAAAAAACUUUUAAAUUCAAAUUGGAAAGUAACUACAUUCACUGAUUCAAAUGGGAAAUUGAGAUGUGUAUUUGGUUACAAAGUUGGUUCUCAAAUGCAAAUAUUGGAAAAUUUGAAAUCAUUAGGCUGA